AUGACACGCUUUCGGCUCUCCCGGCUCAUCAACCAUCCAGGGGGCGCAUUUGUCCUCUUGGGGAGUUGCGACCUGAAGUGGUUUCGGAUCUCGCUUCGGGCCGGCGGGGAGGAGCUGGAACUUUCCCCUCCAUGCCGAGCCUGGAGCGGGGGGCCGAGGGAGGGUGGCAAGGCCUGGGUGCGCGUGUCCCCCCCCCGGGGGCAGGAGACGUCCUCCUACCCCCAGGAGGUCUCUUCCAUGGUGCUGGGCCAGGUGCAGGAGAUGGUCACGGUGCCCGCCUACCUCAACGACCCGCAGCUCCAGGCCACCAAGGACACCGGUGCCAUCGUGGGGCGCCACGGGCUGCGGAUCAUCAAGGCCACGGCGGCCACCAUUUCAGACGCUGAUCAGCGCGGCGCGGGGGAGCAAAAUGUGCUCAUUUUCGACCUGGGUGGGAGCACCUUCGACGUAUGCAUUCUCGCUGUCGACGCGGGUGUCUUCGAGGCUUCUGAGACUGGGUGGGGAGGGCUCGACGACAGGUUGGUGAGCCGCCUUGGGAAGGAGUUCCGACGGAAUCACGGGAAGAUUUCCCAAGAGGACAGGCACAGAAUACAAGUGUCGGGAAGUCCUUGCCUGGCCGGAGCACAACCAGCUGGCAGAGAAGGAGGACGAUGAGAAUCAGAAGAGGGAGCUGGAGCAAAGUCUGUCACCCCACCCUCCCCAGGCCCUGCGUGUCCCUGGGGGUAGCCGCUGUGGAACUGACACUGGCCAGGGAGCCCCCCACCCCUCCCCGGUAGUGGCCUCCUCACUGAGCAGGUUGAUUGAAUGGUCCCUCCUGGCAGGUCAUCUGUGAUGGUAAGGCCUGGGCUUGUGGGCCCUCUGUCUUCUGUGAUCCUGCCCUGAACUUGAAGAACGGGAGUGCAGAGGAAUCUCCCAACCAGGGAGCUUUCUUCUCGCCGUGGUGUACCACUGAGGUCUGUGCCCGUGUCGCUUGUUAAAAUCCUUUUCUCUCCCAUUUCAGACGGGCAGAAGUCAUCAUUAUUAACAUUUGUGUGGCACUUCAACAUCGCUUUUGCCUACUUUGGUGCUGUUGUUACCUGCAUGUAUGGAUUUUGUUAAUAUAUGGGUUUUUGUGAAACAUACAUGGAAAUAAA